AUGGCGAAGGGAAAUUUUCAGGUAAAGAGGAUACAAAACCCUGUAAAUCGUUGGCUGACUUUCUCCAAGGGCAAAAUGGGACUGUUGAAGAAGGCCAGGGAGCUCUUACUUCUCUGCGAUGCUAAAGUUGCUCUCAUCAUUUUCUCACCCCCAGCAUUGGAGGAAAAGACGACAAUGGCUGGACAAAAUUUUCUCUCUGUGCUGUUUGAGAAAGCUGUAAAAAUUAACAGAAAAUUACGUGUAUUACCCAAGCAUCUUAUAAAAUCAGCUUAG